GACGUAUACACGGAGGACAUUUCACACUUGCAUACGUCUACACAGGCUCACGAGCCUUUCGCCUUUAUAAAACAUUAUGCGCAAAUAUUACAGAGAAAAAGACGAGACGGUACGAGGCUCGAUGUUUUUUCUUUUAAGAUAUUUGACCAUCGAUUUUUCUCGAAUGACGUGUUUUUGUGCCUCUGUAAAGGAUUUCGCGUUUUCAACACGUGCGAGACAAGGCUAUGAAAUAGAAUAAAGAAGAAGAAGAAGGAGUGAGAGAGAAGUAUCUACAUCUCGUGGCGCCCCGUUGUGUUUUUUUACGGAAAACUGUGCUCGGAAUCUGCGUGAACUUUGAGAGUGGAAGAUAAUGUUGAACAAAUGGGGGAAGAACGAAAUUUUGUGGAAAACGAUGAAUGAUUAGCGAAAGAGAAAAUUUGAUCUCUAUGCAUUUCACCUCGUCUGAUCAGUGAAAUUAGUGAAGAAGCAAACGAGAAGAAGUUUGAAACUGGAACGAACUUCAAUGGACAAACAAGUUUUAUCCCAAUCAAACCGGAUUGGGAAGAAUAGGAAGAUCUCUGCAAUAUCCAACGGAAGGGACAUUCGUCGAGGACGAAAGAAUCUUCGACAAUUCAAUCGCUGCAAGACGAUUUCGAAAAGAAAUAACAGUUCUCAGACGUGUUUGAAACUGAAACGUCCUCUCCUCUUCACGAGAAUUGGCUGUCGUUGAAUAUUUAUAGGAGAUUCGACGUUUGGAGAGUAGGUUGAAAACCGAUCGUUCCUUAGGAGUGACAACGGCGAGCUAAAAAAGCAGGAACGCCUAAGGUUUCUAUUCUUCGCCGGUAGAUUACGCAUACGGUUAACGAGAAGGAGAUAGGAAUAUCUGGGCAUGCACGUGAACGAGUGAGAAGGUGCCGUGUCGAAAAGUGAACCUGGUGUUCGAGGGCGAAAAGGAAACGACAGUGUGCUCGGUCGAUAAGAAGAGUCGCGUAAAGUGCCAAGAAGAUCAGAGAAAACAAAGUGUACUUAAUUUCGUUAUUAUUCCUCUUGCACGACGGUGUGAUCUUGUGUCGGUGACGUGGCAAUUCCAUCGUAGAGGACACUCCGAAUGUCGGUAAACGAAGAGGAAACACACGAUAGGACGAUGCGAUUAAGAACGCGUGUUCGGUCAGUGAGUGUCGGUCGAGGAAAGGAAACUAUUCGUCUUCGUUGAUUUUUCACUUUUCCGAUCAACACGGGACGGAACGCGAAGUGACCAAGAGUGAAGCGAAAUAUUACGUUUUUUUGUUCGUUCUUUUGCGGAUUCGCGAGUUACUAGGUACUUGAUUCUCUGUGCUUUCGAAUUCGACGGAGAAACACGGGUUUUCCGUUCUUUCCGGAAGAAAGAAGAAAAGAUUUCACGAAUUGACGAAUUGCAAUAGUGUCAGUGGUGAUAAUAGUGGUGCGUUCGUUGAUCGUCGGUGGUGUUAUCUGCAUUAUUGCUUGUGCGGGGGUGUGGUGAAAAGAGGUUAGUGGUGGUGGUGGCACAUCGUGUAAAAAGAGAACACUCGACUGUGACUCUUAACUCAUUACCACGGAUCUCCCUCGGCAAUUUGACGCCACAGCCAUCCUCGAUGAGAGGAGGCACAUGUCCAUUGCUGCCGCUGAAAAUGCAGGGCCUAGCCCGUGUGAACUACAGGACCCACUGUGGGUCAAAAUGAGUGCGAUUACUGGCAGCAUCACCAAGAAGAGAAAGAAAUCAGAUGCCAAGCCUCAGUCGCAGAUUAACAAGUGCCUUAACGAAAAAAGACGACGGAACCAGGAGAACCUGUUUAUCGAUGAGCUUGCCGAGCUGAUUUCCGCCACGGACAUGAGCUCUGGCAAGACUGACAAAUGCCAGAUCCUUCAGAGAACCGUCGACCAGAUUCGGCACAUUAGGCAACAGGAAGGCUCGAAUAGUCAUGCCGUACAACAGGGGGAAGUGUCUUCUUCGAAUCCUAACAUACUGUCCAACGAUCAAGUUGGUCCUGUUUUACUCGAGGCGCUAGAUGGCUUUCUAUUUGUUGUAAAUACGGAGGGACGAGUGGAGUACGUAACAGAUAACAUAACGCAGUACAUAAAUUACACGAAGGACGAUGUGCUCGGCAAGGAUAUUUAUAAUAUUAUUCAUCAUGGAGACCACAACACCUUCAUGCCGAGCUUGUUGCCUAUGCCAUUAGGCUGGACGAACGAGCAGCAGCCCCAAAGGAACCGUACCUUCAAUUGCCGCUUCUUGGUGAAGCCUCCCGAUGAUAAAGAAGAGACUAUGGAAGAGAAGCAGCAACGAGUAUCGAAAUACGAGUCUAUGCAAAUCUGUUCAGCUCUUUUGCCAAAUAAUAGCGAUCGUCUGGAGAGCGGUGACGUAUCCUCUGAAUCUUCGGACAACAGUCCUUGCGUAAUGUGCGUGGCUCGCAGGAUACCCCCGAACGAGAAGUCCAUUGGUCCGCCCAUCGAGCAGUUCACUGUCAAGUUGGACACCACGGGGAAGAUUAUCGCGGUUGAUGUUAUCUGGUUGUCGCCUCCUUACUCCGAGUACCUAAGCAAGGAGCUGAUUGGCACUACGAUAAAGGACUUGUGCCACCCUCAUGAUCUCAGUAAGCUAACUGCACAUUUGAACGAUACGCUUCAAGUCGGAGAGAGUACCAGUGGUGUGUACCGACUACGCGUUAGUCCUGAUAAGUUCCUUAACAUUCAAACAAAGUCAAAGCUUUUCAAAGCAAAUGUGAUGAAUACACUUGUUACCGACUUCAUUAUGGCCACCAAUACCAUCAUUGGGGACAAUGACUUAACGCCUAUCGAGGGUGGUCAGCUUUCCAACAACAAAGUGUGCUCCGGACACUCUAGUAACCGUUGUGCGAAUAAUAGUAAUAAUAAUAAUGGUAACAAUAACAAUAACGUGGGUGGCCCGCUGAUGUCCGUGGCGCAUCUAAACGGUCAAGUGAGUGGUAUCAGUAGUCGGGGGUUGGCGGGCACGUCGUCGCACACCGGUUCCGGCGCGACAUUGUCAAACUCGAUAGUGUUUAACGCGGCCGAGUCCUGCACCCCCCUGCCGUCGCUAAGUACCAGUAAUCCGUUCAACCACUUUUCGGGGAACAUGGACUUGGAAUUCGAGCUCUUCCCCAGUUCCACGUGGGACUUGGAUAGUAGCAGCGGGUGGGCAGAUAGGCCCGAAUCGAGAGCGAGCGGGCCACCAAACUCACGACCAUCUUCCCAGCCAGCCCCGACAUCUCCGAGUCCCCAGGGAACGUUCUCCUCUAAUUCGGCGGUGGCGCCUCACUGCAGUCCCCUACGCGCGUUCAGCCCGACUUCAGGCAACGCGGCUCACACCUUCAGUAAUUCGUUCCCCUUCAGUCCGCUUCAGGAAUCACAGACGUCCUCCUUGACGAACAGCGCUGCUAGUAGUGUUAGUGCCACCGGAGCAGCAGCCGGAUUGACGCCCAAGAGACAGGAUGAAGGGAAGACCGGAUGCUCGACCACCAACCAAUCCACCAUGGAAAGCAGCAACGCGAGAAACAACGCGGGCUCCGUCGCUGGAACAGCAGCCGCAGCCGCGGCUGGCCAAACAGGAGUCUCCGCGGCCGUUGUCGAAACUCAGAACAGUGUUGUGUCCACCGAGUCCGGUAGACUGAGAGACUUGUUGACCAAGGGGACUAGUGCUAGUGAGGACAGUCAGGACAAUGCGAAUAACGAUUCCGAGAGCCAAAAUAAGCAUAGGAUAUUAAAGAUCUUGUUGAAUCAGCAAGACGAGGACGAUUUUCAUCCGGAGCAUAAUAAUAAAGUGCACACGAGUCCUAGCAACAUGCCGAAACCGAGCAUGGAGCAUUCGAAACCUUCGCUUGGAAAUAAUAUGCUGUUACAGAAGCUAUUAAACGAAAAGAACGACGACGAGGACGAAGAAGCUCGCGCCGGAUUGAAGAAGAGGAACGAACUCCUACAAGAGCUUCUGAAAGACCAAGAUGACGAGAGGAAAGUACAAGGGCAACAGUGUAAGUCACAAACUCGGGAAGAGGAUUCUCUGUUGCGAAGUCUUGGAUUCCGGAACACCACGCCAUCACCGUCUCAAUCGAGCGACAACGUUGGCCUCGGUGGCACCACUCAGGUCGGUCAGAAGAGACCUGGCGAAGACGGUGACUUGAAUAUAGCAGCGAAACGACCCAUGGAUGGGUCACACCAAGUAUCCUCUUCCGGCACGUCAACCAAUGCCACCAGCAAGCUCUGGGAGAGGAAUAAGAUGUUAGCUUCGUUAUUGGCUAAGCAGCCUCCUCAGCCAACCACUAUCCCACCAAUACCUGCGUCUGUGAUAUCGGCAACGCCUCAGGAUAAGCUGGUUCGCCUAGGAUUGAAAUCGCAACAGCCGCAGCAGCAAUCACAGUCACAGUCCCAGCCACAACCGCAGCAGCAACAACAACAGCAGCAGCAACAACAACAACAGCAGCAACAGCAGCAGCAGCAACAACAGCAGCAGCAGCAACCUUGGACAGGUGGCAGCAUGCAGUCGGUUGGUGGCAAUAACACGAUUACGACAACCGCUACUACCACACGAACUCCUCUCCAAAGCCAGUCGAGACAACUACCUCGUCAAACAACCAAUACCUACCUCACUCAUAUGCUAAGUCAGCAACAAAGACCUCAAAUGGGUCAAAUGGAUUCGGAAUUUGCGGGCAGCGGGGAGUAUCGUCAAAGGAGCACCGAUCCUAGUAGUUGGAAUAACCAGUCAUCAGACCCUGAUCUUUCCGAUAUUUUAGAUCAAGUUAUCGAGAUCGUACCGGAUGAAGCUAUUACAGAUUCGUCUGCGAUAGCAAAUCUCCUAGAUGUAAUCGAAACGCCGCAGGACAACGCGCUGAACGAGAAAAUGGCGAUUAACGCGAUACAGAAGUCGUUGAUGUUAUGCGAGACUGCCGUAAAUCCAACGUCUUCCACCAUAACAAUUCCUGGCACGCCUCCAGCUUACUCCACCGCAUUGGGUACCACACCUGUAACGACGAGUCAUAGUUACCAACCACCACCGAUGUAUCAGCAACAGCCAAGGAUGAGGUUUAACACGCAACCAGGCGUCAGGCAGACGACCGCUCAAUUCACGCAGCAGCAACAAUUACAGUUGCAGCAACAGCGAACGAAACUGAUACAGCAGCAGCAGCAGCAACAAUUGAAGCAGAGGUUGUUGCAGCAACAGCAGCAGCAGCAAUUACUCAUUCCUUCCAAUGCUACAGCUACGGACCAAAUUACCACCGGCAUUCACAAUAUCGAUAAUCUUCUAAACAAUACUGUUGCGCCAAAUGUAUCGUUGCAGCGGUCGAGUGUCCCAGAUUCACAAGUGUCUCCAGGUUAUGGGGGAUCCGUCCAGAUGCCUUCCGGUCACCGACUUGCUCAUUCGUACUCUCAUCCUUCAACGUUACCACAACACCCUAUCGUAAACAGUAAUUUUAACAGUGGUCAACAAGUGUCUGCGGCUGCACGACUCUCGCCGCAUUCUCCCGCUGGUAUUUUGUCAUUCUCACAUCCGCAGCCGCUGUCACCACGAGUGACGCAAGGCAACUAUGGUAAUACCCCGAGGUUAUUCGCCGUUAACCAGGUGAGAUCGCAACAACAGCCUACCGCUCAGCAGCAGUUGCAGCAACAACAAAGAUCGAUGCCGUCGCCAGGGACACCAGCAUCUGCUCGGCAAUCUCCGUUUCCGGCGGAAACCUUUCCCCCACCUACGUCUCCUACAGCUAGCCAAUUUCCACCUGGUCCUAAUCCUGGUGCACCAAAUCCUUCAGCCCAAUAUCGGUUGCAACGGACCACGUCUACACCUUCAGCUACGACUCAGUUGCCAGGUGGGGUAGGUUCGCCCCGGCACUACGGCGGAGUGAGUAAGGAACAACCUCUUCUUUCACCUAGUCAUCCACAUUCGGGUUGCAACCCGGCAACACCGACUCACAAUCAACACAACGUAACGAAUACCCAACAACACUUCUCCAACCAACAACAUUCUUCUAUGAUAUACCACACGACCGCCAAUACUAUCAACACAGCUGACAUGCAGAACAAUCAGUUCUGUUACGAUCGGACGUCUGUUCCACUCUAUUCGUCAGGGCCUGGGGACACGCAGGACGCCAGGCCUUUGCCUCCCGGUAAUCCUGUCAAUCACCAAUUGGGUGGAAACGCUAGCAGCACUUCGGAGUUCGUGAGGCAAGAAUUGAGAGCGAUCGUUGGCGCACGAACGCAACAGCAGCAACAGCAAAGGGUACCUAACAACAUUCAAAACAACCUUUCUGGUCAAGUAUCUCAGGACGAUCUCGAAGCACUCGGUCUGACGUUCGAAAUGUCUUCUACAGGUGAGGCUGUGGUUAGCGAUGGCCCUGCCAAGAGCUGGGCCAUUGGGAGUGCCGGAAGUGCCCCCUCGUCCUCCAGGACUUCUAUGGAGGAAGUGGCUCGAGGUGAUCCGAAGGUGAACCAGUCGUCACUGUUACAGAAACUGUUGUCCGAGUGACUGCCGGCCAACGCUUUGCACGGUAAAGGAAUCUAUGUAAUAUACGUUUGAACGCGAAACCAGAGACAGGAAGAAAGAAAAAGAAGCCAAGGAACGUGAGAACGGAAAAGGAAAGGGAGAAAGGAAAAGGGAAAAAGGCAAAGAAAGAUAAAGAUGGAAAGGAAAUCGAUCACACAUACACGCAUGUACACCCUAUACGUAAUGGAUACUAAUUGUAUUAUAUGUAAACGCUGCAUCACACGAAGUCAGUAUUCAGAUACGUAUCACCAAAUACAAUUUCGAAGGAGGAUAAAGAAAGCUAGACCGCUGCGCCGUGCUCUCCGUGGCCUCUAUGGCGUUGGAACAGCUCGAAAUCGCGGAGCAUGUCACGGAAUGUCGACCAGUGCAUCGACGUUAAUCUCAUUCGAACUCGAAGGACCAAAAGUUUCCGUUUCUCGUUUGGCUGUGUCGAGAUUUUUCGGUGAUCGUAUUAGAUUGUCCUCGGCCUCGUUAACGUCGAGACGAGACCGUCUCGGUUUCAGUGAGGAAUGUACGAGGAGCCCGUGGAUCGGUGUUGGCGAACGAUCGAAGCACGACAGCGGAUCGAAAUUCGUGAAUUUUAAAUGUAAAACAAGAAGUGGAAUGUUGAUAUCGCGGUUCGUUGAACAUAGGUUGGAAAUAGGGAUGGGGCGCGG